AUGGCAGAGCAGAGCAGCAACGAUGUGGUAAACCAAACCCGGUCGGGCGGCGACCUCUCGCCUUCCGACGUUCCUGCGAGCAAACCUGACAAUUUGACUGCUGGAGGGGACCGGGGGGAUGUUCAAACUUCUGAUAACAACUCAAAACCAACGGCAAACACGGAAUCGUCGCAGGAAAUAUCAACGGGUAACCCAUCGUCAACUGAAGUGAACGGAGUCAGUUCGGAGAAUAACGAUGCAAAUACCAGCUUAUCGCCAAAUGCUGGAGAUGGGAGUGGAGGAUCCGAUACAGAUGCAAGUCGACCGGACGCAAGAUCUAACGCAGACGGGGCUCAACACUCUAGGACAAGCUCUGUAAAAAGGCCGGCAUCAUUCAAACCAGUUUCGUUCGCCAAGUUCUCUGUGACAAAGCCCCUGGGUUCGAAUGGGAAUAGCAAAACAGGUCCGGAGAAAGCACCAUUUCUAUCAUCAACUCCGCCGUCAUCCACAUCCACCCCUCUCAGCUCGCGGCCACGGUUAGUCGCGAAAUCUGGAAGUGGGCUUCGAGAUUCUUCCCCCCGGACAUCUACUGCUGGGAGUAAAAGCGUCUCAGGGGCGCCUGACGCCAAUCUAGUAUGGAAUAAAAACCGGCCUGUUCAACCGCCCCCGACAAAGCACCUUACGGACGAAGAAUUGAAGCAGCAAUAUGGAAUCCACAUGACAUCACGCAUACAAACCGAUGACAAUGAGAAAGAGGCCAAAUGGGCGGAUAUUGAUGACGACGAAGAUGACUGGGCUCCUGAAACUAUCGAAUGGAACGAUGGCACCAAAAUUACAUUGACUCAUACUGAAGGCACUGCGCCAGGCUCUCAAGAGACUAGUGCUCCAGCUAUCAACUCAAGCGAUCAAAAAAGGCAACCGUCACCAGCAAAAAAUGCGCCACCAGCCCGUGAAGCCCCUAGGCUUUUACUUUCGAAACCGUCAAGCUCUCUGGGGUCGAAUACCACAAUCCUGAAAGUCGGCGCAAGCGCCGAAAAGCAGCAAUCUAAACAGGGUGGCGACUUGUCAAAAAUUAGCAAUGACAAGCCCACAUUAACAUCAAAAGGCCCUUCUGCGGUGAGAUCACCUUGGGCCCCAUUACCACCUGUGGAGAAAGCGUCUCCUCUAGCACUUAACCCCCCCGCUCAGAGCCAAGGCCAUCGAUUUAACCAGGCCGAGCCUCCGAGGCUAGAUGCUGGCCCAGCUCCUCCAACGAAAGAAAUUGCUGCCGAUGACUUCAAUAGGUCUUGGAGGGAUAGACAACCCGCCGCUCCUCGUGAACUUUACAACUCUCAUUCAGGUAGAUACGAACCCGUUCCAGACAACCGACAUAGCGCUUUAAGGAAUGAUAGAUCGGUGAAGAAUGACGGCCAUUUCAGGCCUGCUUCCCUUCUUCAAAGGUCGAUGCAUAAUGAACAACCUGGGCCCGCUGAACCGUCGCCUGCUUUCCAGACUCACCGAAGCCCUACGGAAGCUAGCCCUUGGGGCCGUCGACGCGCCUCGUCAAAUGUAAGUGGCGGUAGUGGAGGGUUCGCUAGAAGGAUGUCUUUGACCAGACCCGAACUUCCUUUUAAAGCCGGCCCACCAUCCACAGGGACACUUGAGAGGUCCGCAUCACCAAAUGCCCGUCAAAUGCAAAAUGGCCAAAUCGCUCCAAGCCUUGGCUCCCCGUCUCAGCAGUCACACAGGAGUCUUGAUCAUGGACCACCCGGCUAUCAUCAGGCUUCACCUAUCUCUCAGAGCAACGUACCGUCUCAAGGUGUUGCGGAGGGUUCAACCUCUCAGCCUCCAGUCAUUGUUGAAGACCCAGUUGCAAUGCAACAAAGGAUUAUGCGGGAAAAACGAGAGAUGGCGAGACAGCGACGACUAGAACAGGAAGCUAAAGAAGAAGCUGCAAAACAAGAGCGCAUAAGGAUAAAACUCCAAUCUAUGGGUGUACCUGCCAAUGAACUCCCAGGGGCAAAAGAUGCCACGCCCUCUUCAAGCGCAGAAUCAAAACGGCCAACCAACCCACCAUCAACAUCCGCUACUACGAUAUCCUCACCUCCGAAACCCCCAGUCCCGGAAUUAACAGGAGAACCCAAGCAGUACGGCAUGAUGAAGGUGCAUCACCCCGAAUCAGUGAAGAGGUUGGUAGCCUCUUCUGAGAAACCCCCUGAGAAACCCCAUCAGGCUGGAAAUGAGGUGCAGAAUCAUCAAAUAUCGCCUUCCCAUAAGCAACCGCUACCCGAGGCCCAUGUCACUGUUAAUGGUUCAAAAACUCCACAAGAAACCCAGACAAAAUCUUCACAGCCUAUCUAUGGGCCGCAACCAGAAGAAAGGCCGCCCAAUUGGAAGUAUUCCGUACCAUCAACGUCUACCUACAGUUGGCCGAGUUCAAAAGGCCAUGCGGCGAAUCUUGGAGCUCUUUGGGGACCACCAACUAAUGAUAAGGCUUUGGGCAAUGGCACAUUUGAUAGAAGUCUUGCAAGCUUUCCAUCAGAACUCAGUUCUCUGGGCUUGACCGAACAGCAACAUCUCUAUCCCCAACAGGCCCAAGAAGGGACCGAAAUGCCGGAGGGAAUUUCACGCCCUCUACCUCCUCCCUCUAAAGCAGUUCCGGAUAACGCAAAGCCAUUAUCCCCCCUGUCAUCUCCUGAUAAUGUGCGGCCGGAUCGCAUAGGUGAUAAUCCAAAACCGAUUGCUCCGCCCGGUCCGAUUGCGCCGCCAUCCUAUAAUCAAGGUCAAAGAUGGCAGCAAGAUCGAUUACCUCACCGUGGUCAGGAAACUGCAGCUUGGGGUAAUUUUCAUUUGGUCGCUAGAAAAGCGGAGCUGGAGGAGAAUGAAAGGUUUCAUCAAGAUCUCAAAGCACUUCAUGAAGAAGAAGCCAGGACAGGAAUCACCCCAUCUCUCCAAACAACCUUCAAUGAAACGUGGAGACAAGUUGAAGCUGGAGAACGUCCGGGGAAUCGAAAUAUCAUUGGAGUGGUUUCUAAAACUUCUGAUAAAGAUUCCCAAUCUUCUCCCUUCCACCAAAUUGAUUCUGUCGGCGGUCUUUCUUUCAGUGAUAAACAGAAAGCCGUGCCUCCGCCCUCAACCCGAGGUUCCCGUUUUUUCCCACCAGCCACUGAACCAAAGCGCCCAAGCAACCAAGAGCCUAUGUCACCUCGCAGCGAAUCUCCUCCCCCACCGGAAGAAGUGUCUAGCCACCCUGUGUUCACAGGAGAUUCUCAACGGCCAUUAGUUCACCUUCCGAACCCCAAACCUCGCGUCAAGCUCCCUCCAGGCUCCCUCCAUACGCCUAACCCACCACCUCCCCCAGCUCCUGCAACAUUUGCUGCUAUGGUUGCUUCACCCCCUCCUGCACGAACGCCAGCGCAGCCAAUUGCAAGUACCACAUCCUGGCAAGACAGAUUCAACGGACUAUUUGGAAAGAAGACGUCCCAACCGGCCCAGAGGAAGAACAGCUCUCUCGCCGUUGCUUCUGCAACUAAGGAGCCCCUGGAUGUAAUAUCGACUGCUUCAUCUGCUGCCGUAUCUUUCCCACAAUAUGAUGAGAAGCGGAAAUUUGCAGGGGAUCCUGAUAAAGUAGCGACUAAAGAGGUUGAGGAUGAGGAAGCAAUAUUUGAAGAUCGCGAGGCAGGAUCGUUACCCGUCGUCAAAGUGCCUGACAUGGCCCCGCGAGCUGCGUGGCACCCAGCCCCUAAACAGUCUCGCUUCCGAACCAAGUACCAGAAACCGGUGUUAUCACAAAGCAUUGAACCAUAUACUAUUGGAAGCUUUGAACGUGAUAGCAACGGGGAAAUCUCUGUCAUCGUUCGGCCACCAGGAAAAGGGUUGAAAAUGGUUCCCUUGCCUAAGCGAGGUGGAAGCAGCGCAGGGAAAUUUCGUUCAAAUCCAAAGAAUCGUUCACGAAACCCAAGAUCCAGAGAAGGGAGCGGGUCAUAUCAAAAUUCACACCCUACCAAGAAGACUGUGUCUACUACGGCCAACACUUCACCGCCUACCUCGCUGUCAACUUCCACUCGCCAGGGUUCUCACAGAUCCCAUCAAAGCAGCGCAAAGUAA